CCGUCACGUUCAUGUAGAAAAAGCUCCGGGUGUUUUGCGUGCCAAUACGAAAAUUGCCCCAGUGUUCGCCGCUUAAUUGGGGAAUGUGCGACCGGGGCGCGUUCGCCCGGAAAAACUAAUUCCGGUCGACUCCGUGUCGCUCUCGAUGUGAAAACUUUUUUUGAAAAAAAUUAUGUGAUUUUCAAAAAUUAUGUGCUUGAGCGUCUUCAGUGCUUAAGGGCAGUUGGAAUUAAUGGCACGUAAAAUCGAUGAAUUUAUAUCCAUGUAGUAAAAACAUUAGAUUGUUAUAUGGACUGAAUCGAGCUGUAUUAGUGUCAGUUUGCACGCUACACUGCUUCUCCGACUAAAAUAUUUUAUAACUUCAGAGUGCGAAUUCAUCAAUCAGUUUGUUCAUCGGUAAUAAAAAUGUAACAAAAAACAUUGCAAUAAAGUGGGUAGCAUGGAAAUGAAACAGAUGUUAACAACGGUCCCGACAUGAACAAGAUCACGUUCGUACGAGAUGAAAUCCUAUACUGUUGUUUCACGUUAAAUAAAGGGUAGUUGGGACAACAAUCGUCAUGGGAAUAGAAAAAUGGCCACUGUUCUUGUUUAUUUUUGCCCUACACGUUCUCAAUUCGGCGGAUGCUCAAGAUAGCACGGCACUUCCCCAGGCCCACGUGUUCCAGUUCAGAGAUCCUGAAGCAGACCUUGGAGAUGAACUAAAUGAGCUUGGAGCUUCGUUUUCUCCCGUAGAGAGUCCUCCAGUUCACUUUGCGACCGAAAAUAGCACGGUCGUGACAUCUCAAACAGGGUCAACUGCUCUGAUACCAUGUGUAGUCAACAACAUAGGAGAUGGAAUGGUCUCGUGGAUUAGAAGAAAGGAUUAUCAUUUACUCACAGUUGGAUUAACAACAUACAGCAGUGACGAGAGGUUUCAGGCUAUACAUUUGCAACAUUCAGGGGAUUGGACUCUGCAAAUCAGAUAUGUACAAAAUAGGGACGCUGGCUUGUACGAAUGCCAAGUGUCUUCGCAUCCGCCCACUAGCAUUUUUAUUCACCUUAAUGUCGUUGAGGCGCGCGCUGAAAUUCAGGGACCCUCAGAAAAAUACCUGAAGCCUGGUUCAGGUUUACGGCUCCAAUGUAGCGUUCUACAAAGCACAGAACUUCCAACCUAUGUGUUCUGGUAUCACAACAAUCGGAUGAUCAACUACGACGUCGAUCGAGGAAUUAACGUCACGACAACUCUUUCAGAGAAAACCAGCAUUUUAACAAUAACAAGUGCUGCUACACACCAUUCCGGAAACUACUCCUGUGUUCCUAGCAAUGCUCAGCCUGCAAGUACAUACGUGCACAUAUUAAACGGCGAAAAUCCGGCAGCAAUGCAACAUGGAGCCAGAGGACUUUCGUGGCUGCAGUGCAGUCCCUCAUCCUGGCUUCUCGUCCUCUCUAUCAUCAACAUGUUGUGCUAGUUACAACUGACAGCAGGUUACAAGGACCUAUGAAGUUACACCAACAAUAAUUAUUGUUCGACGUGAGAAUUAGAGAGCAAACUUCACAGACUUUAUAUUGAAGUGUGGUUGCAUGAAGGAAUGAUUUAGUGACACGUUAUAAAAGAAUAUUAUUAAUUAAUUAAAACGUUAAAUUAAAAGUGAGAGCCAAAAGGGCACAUUUUGAUUAUUUUGGAGAACCACCGAUUCUGUUACAGAUUUUCAACUAUAACUGCCACUUAUUUCAAGAACAGUGUCCUUUUAGCUUUAUUAUUGUAUUCUCGAUUAAAAUUAAACGUACCCUUGAAAGCCCUACUACAGAAACUAAGAUUUUUAAAUUUUCUGACGACCAAGUUUUUUCUACCAGCGCAAAUUUUAUUUUCGGUUUUUAAUUAAUAUGUCAACACUGUGCGGCACGACGUACUGUACACCUACUUUCAAGAUGUAAUUAUCUUUGAAAAAAUACCUACACAUACGCCAAUUUAUCAUUUUGCAAUAUUUCCAGAGCAGUCGAUAAAUCAAAACAGUGUAUGAAUUUGUAUGAAACUUUACGUGGUGUCGAGAAAGAAUCUAAUUUCUAUCUUUAUGAAAACUACACCUACGUUUAAAGAAUAAAGUUCUUGGCAAUUUCUUUACAUUUUUUGUUUGUUCUAUCAACAUUUAAAGGCUUUUGUACAUAAUAACACAUCAUAGCGUAAAAAAUGUGUAUAAAUGUCACAUUCCAUUUAUCACUUAAAAUGAUUGAUUGUGUGAUAAGUAUACUUAUAGAUUUAAAUCGAUAUAUAUUAAAUUUUUACAUCAUGUUAUUAAGUUAGGUAUGUUUUUGGAACCUGUUAUGACUGUUAUUUUAUUAU